CCGUUCCCAGUUUGAGAACUGUCUGGCUGAGGGCUGCCCUCUUUUGGUGACAGAUUGUGACACAAAGCAACUAGCCAAGGACAAGCGCUUCAGGGAUGCUAUACAAAGCUGUAAACAUUUCAUCAACGGCAAAGCCAAGUUCAAAAUCACUGUGGAGGAUCAUGAAGUGGAGUGUGAUCCACGUUUCCGCCUGUUCCUACACACCACAGUGGAGCCCCACAUUGUACCACCACAUCUGGCGGCAUACACCUCCGUGAUCUACUUCCAGCGCUCUCGUGCCGACAUUGAGGAAACCUUACUGGACAGGUUCAUCUACCAGGAGAAAUCCAAGCUAGAGGAGGAGAGAGUCUCACUACUCCAGGAGAGGAAAGAGAACUUGGAGUUGAUGGAGAAGCUUGAGAAGUCUAUGUUGGAGAGUCUGUCUAGUGACAUCAGACUGAUGAAUGAACUUCCUGCCACCAAAAAACUGGCCGAGCUCAAGAAACAGUAUGACGAAACUCUGGAUAGCCAAGAGCGAGUUGAGUCUAAUGAAGCCACCAACACAAGGAACCGUGAACUUUCUCGCGAGUUCGCUCGGCGCGGUGCUGUGUGUUUCCAUGUGAUGCAGUACAUGAGGGAAGUGAACCCAUUGUACCAGGUCUCCUACGCUCAGUUUGAACAGCUGUAUGAUGCCGCCAUUGCUCACUCUGAAAGUCAACAACUCACUCCGAUAUCUAAUAGGUGGCUUGUGUUGGGGUUCGAAGCCCAGAGAGCAGAGGAAACUCUGGAGAAGAUAACUUAUAUGGCCUACACCACAUUUGCAAGAGGACUGCUAGAGAGAGAUAGAUUCAUUUUCACUCUGCUGCUGGCAAUAGAGGUUGAAGAUUCCUUGGGUAACAUUGGUCCAGGUGAACGUGAGUUCCUGGUCUCCCCCAACUACAGCUCCGUGGUCAUGACAAAACUGGGCUACACCCAGCCCCCGGACAGCAAGAUUGUCCAGAUGAAGAAGCCGUUUGACUGGAUGCACGACGACCAGUUCCACAAUCUCCAGGUACUGGCCACGCACUUCGAGUGGUUCCAGGAGAAGUUUGAACGGAUGCCCAAGGACGGCCGGGAGAUGGAAUGGAGGAUGCUGUGUGACAAUGUGGAGAAGGAGCCAGAGAAUAUGCCCCUGCCAGACAAGAUGGACAGCAAGGACUUCGCCCCGAUGAAACGUCUGCUGGUGGUCAGGGCGGUCCGGAGUGACCGACUGAUGCAGGCCUCCACAGUGUUUAUACAGAGGGUCCUCGGAAAGAACUGGUUUAAUGUAAAUUUGAAGAAGGAAUAUAGUGGAUACUAUGGAGACAUGGGACUUGACCUGUCAGCCAUGUACAAACAGAGCGCCACUGUCCCCCCAUCCACCAUCUCCCUCCCCAUCCUCCUGCUCUACACCUUCGAGGCGGAGGCCGCCCAGAGCCGGUUCAUUGAUUUCUCCAAUCGGAAGCAAGCACAGCGUCACAUGAUCACCGUGACAGACAACUCCCAGGCUACACGGAGCAAGGUCAGAAAGGUCAUCCGGAAGGCAGUCAGUGAGGGAUCCUGGGUUUACAUCCACCAUGCUCAUAAUGCCCCCAAUGUGCUGAACAGUCUGGAGUCCUUCCUGGCAGAGAAGCCUAACCCCGAGGGAUUCCGUUUGUGGGUGGCCAGUCAGGCGGACCCAGGGGUGAUCCCAGUCAGGCUGCUGCAGAACUCCAUCAAAGCUGUGGUGGACACACCCAAGGUAAUGAAAGACAGUAUGAUUCGGUCCUUUUCCUGGUUUGAAGCGGACAUCCUGCGCCAGUCUUCGCGACCCGAGUGGCCGGUAAUGCUACACAACCUGUGUUACCUCCACGCUGCCAUUCAGCUGAGGGCCAGGUACGGUCAGGGAGGGUGGAACUGUCCCCAGGACUUCUACAGCAUAGGCUACAACUGUCUGCAGGAGGCCCUGGCAAUAGUCCAGAAUGAGUUUAAGGAACCACUGAACUGUGUGGCUCCAGAUGGAUCCCAGAUGCCAAGACCUGUCUCCUACAACGGCAUCAGAUACAUGGUGGCUGAGAUUGUGUAUGGUAGCUAUGUGACAGACUUCUAUGAUCAGCAAAGUCUCUGUGCCAUGGUGGACUUCUGGCUGUCCUCUGGGGCCCUCAAAAGGGACUUUGAAGUUAAAGGCUUGAAGUACCGCCACCCACAGGCCUUUUUUAACCCCAACGUGCGACUGAACACCCUGAUCCAGGCCCUGGACGGUGCUCCUAAUCACUACCUGGAUGUUCCGGAGGGCUGUCAUAUCCACCAGACCGUAGUGGAUGAACUUAGUGCGACUUUAUUGGGAGAUGACCAGUAUGUCUUCACCAGACUAAACAAAGUAUUUGACAGCAUGCCAUCUACCAAUACUUUAUCCCACAAGAUGUUUCCUCGACCUCCAACACCAUUUGAUGGACCUGCCCAGGCUGGUAUCAGUAAAACUAGUAACAACCCCUCUGUGGUUCAUCAGGGAGUAUUCUCCACAGCCAGCUAUGCCACCCACAAAAUCCGCUUCAAAGACGUGGAACUCUGGCAAAUCUGUAAUGACCUGCUGCAGAAGACUCCAAAGAUUGGCAAUAGCAGCAAGUCAUUCCGUGAGUUUGUUGUGGAGAAAAUCCGUAAACUACCUGGGGACUACCCUAUCUUUAAUGACUUCAUCAUGAAAGAGUGUGAGAUUCUUCACCAACUGUUGACAGAAGUGCGACAUACACUCACUUUGAUAAGGAACGCCUGUGAGAACAAUGUGAUGGGUGACCAGCUGAGUGACCACUACCUGUCUGCGGCCGAUGACCUCUACCACUUAAGGAUCCCCAGGAUCUGGUGUAAGAUGACCGGCACCACCGCCCCACCCUACACCUACAAUGCCGCUCAGUGGCUCCGGGAUCUAGAGGACCGCUGGAAACACUUUGAGAAGAUCCUCAGCAUGGGAAGGAAGGCCAUGCCAGCCUAUUGGUUAGGAGCAUUCUUCAAUCCUAGAGGACUUCUUGCCUUGCUGAAACAGGAAGCCAUCAAGAGUUACUGUGGAGAUAGGUCCGGCAAUUUUGAACAGUUCACCUUCCAGACUGAUACAACAUUCAGAGAUUUUGGACAUUUACUUCAGCCUCCACCAGAGGGCGUGUACAUCCAUGGAAUCCACCUCUGGGGGUGUUCCAUUGAGAAGACAACCAAUGAAUUCCAGGACCAGGCCUCCAGACAGGGUUACGCCCCCCUUCCUGUCCUUCAUCUACAGUGCUACCCCAUUAACGAGAAACCCGCCCUACAGGAACCCUCCUUCCAGUGCCCACUCUAUCCCUCCAGAAUAGCCCCACGGGAUCCCAUCAUGGAAAUCGACAUCAAGAAGGAGGGAAUCCCGCCCAUGAGAUGGGCCCUACGUGGGCUCACAGCUACCAUCUGGCCUUAUUAAUUAAAGAAACUGCCAAAGACGUUUUCUUGCUUGUUGUAUUAAAAAAUCCAAAAUAAUGACUUUUAGGAGUGAUUUCUUGAAUAAGAUCUGACAUAUUUUUUCUCUGACCUUGUGAUUUAUUGAAAUUUUUACUGUAUGACAUAAUGCAUUUCAUAGAUAAAUAAGUAUUUUUUGCUGAAUGCAAACCUUAUUCCGUCCUCAUCACGUUCAAUCUGUGAUUACAAUGGUUGUGUACAGAGUAGAUUUAUAUUAUUAUGGUUGUGUUUCUCUGUGGUAGUGAUGCAUUAAGUAUUUGUUUAUACUCUUGUUGAUAUUGUUUUUAUUUUAAAAUAUAUAUAUAUUUAUUUCUAUUUUAAAGACUUUUCAUGCAUAUGUGUCAAAAUAUUGUAUACUGCUGAGUUUGAU